AGAGAAAGGAGAGGGGAUGAUCUCCAUCAUGCAAUCCCAUGUGCAAAGCCGAGCUCAGCUCUUCAAUCCCCAUACCUUCCUCUCCUCCAUCAAAUUCCCCAUUCCCUCUCUCAAUCUUUCACUUUUCUUGAGUUUGAAGCCUAAAGCUGAUCAUCUUACACAGACACAGAUUUAGAGAGAAUCCCUCACCUUUUUUUUUUUUUUCUCACACUAUAAAGAGAUCCAAUUCAAUUCCAAUCCAAUCAAGUUUCUCCCUUUGACUGGAAAACUCUCCCCCCAAGAUUUCUAGGGAGAGAAAGUUUGGUUUUUUGUGUUUUUUUCCCUCCUUUUUAGAGCGAGGACGUUGGGGUAUUAUGUAAGGGAGUUUUGGAGAGAGAAAUGUUGGCAAUGGAGAAGGAUUUUGAUUCCAAGCUUAGGAUUCAGGACAACAACCCUUCCAAUGGAGGCAACAGCAUCCUGAAAUCUAAGAACUUUGCCUUUAGGGCCCCGCAGGAGAAUUUCACUAUUCAGGAUUUUGAUUUGGGGAAGAUCUAUGGCGUUGGUUCUUACUCAAAGGUUGUGAGGGCAAAGAAGAAGGAUACAGGAACUGUAUAUGCUUUAAAGAUCAUGGACAAAAAGUUCAUUACCAAGGAAAACAAGACAGCUUAUGUAAAGUUGGAACGUAUUGUGCUGGAUCAACUUGACCACCCUGGAGUUGUACGGCUAUUUUUUACAUUUCAAGAUGCAUUUUCACUGUACAUGGCACUGGAAUCCUGUGAAGGGGGUGAACUUUUUGACCAAAUAACAAGAAAAGGUCGUUUAUCAGAGGAUGAAGCUCGAUUCUAUGCGGCCGAAGUUGUAGAUGCUCUUGAAUACAUUCAUGGUAUGGGAUUGAUACACCGUGAUAUAAAGCCAGAGAACUUGCUACUUACUGCUGAUGGGCAUAUUAAAAUUGCUGAUUUUGGAAGUGUAAAGACCAUGCAGGAUAGCCGCAUCACAGUGCUUCCUAACGCAGCCUCAGAUGACAAGGCAUGCACUUUUGUUGGGACAGCUGCAUAUGUGCCUCCAGAAGUCCUUAACUCUUCUCCAGCAACUUUUGGAAAUGACCUCUGGGCACUUGGCUGCACCUUGUACCAAAUGCUUUCAGGAACUUCUCCCUUUAAAGAUGCGAGUGAAUGGCUUAUUUUCCAAAGAAUUAUUGCCAGAGAUAUACGAUUCCCGAAUUAUUUCUCGGAUGAAGCUAGAGAUCUUAUUGAUAGGUUACUGGAUAUGGAUCCUAGCAGACGACCUGGUGCUGGACCUGAUGGUUAUGCUGCACUUAAGUCGCAUCCCUUCUUUAAGGGAGUUGACUGGGAUAAGCUAAGAUCACAAACACCCCCAAGACUUGCUGUGGAGGCGUCGGCCCAAUCAAGUGAUGGUGAUGAUCAUCAGGAUUCUUCAUGGAAUCCUACCCACAUUGGUGAUGGUUCAGUUAGACAGAAUGAUGGAAAUGGCGGUGCCUCAUCGUCUUCUGAAUCAUCUGGCCAUGUAACCAGGCUUGCCUCAAUUGACUCCUUUGAUUCGAAAUGGCAACAAUUUUUGGAGCCAGGAGAAUCUGUUCUUAUGAUCUCAAUGGUGAAGAAACUACAGAAAUUAACAAGCAAAAAAGUGCAGCUCAUCCUUACUAAUAAACCAAAAUUAAUUUAUGUGGACCCUUCAAAACUUGUUGUUAAGGGUAACAUCAUUUGGUCUGACAAUUCUAAUGAUCUCAGUAUCCAAGUCAGUAGUCCAACUCAUUUCAAGAUUUGCACGCCAAAGAAGGUAAUGUCAUUUGAGGAUGCAAAGCAAAGAGCAUGGCAGUGGAAAAAGGCAAUUGAGGGUCUUCAAAACCGGUGAAAUAAUAUUAUCAUAUCAAGCGUUUUGAAGCAGAUUCUUUGGAUUUUCUGCUAGUGUAGAGGAAGUUGUGAAUUAUUAAACAACUGAUACGCCGAAGCAAUUAUUUGUUUGAUGAAAGUGACUCAGUUACAGAUUCAGUGCAAAAGCCUGCUGGUUUCCGUGCAAGCUCUCCUCCACUCUUGCUUAGAACUGUGUUUGUCAUGAGGGUUUAUGUCCAUUCUAGCUUUAAAUGAAAAUGAAAGUACAAUUUGAGACCCUAAUGUGGUGAGGUUUGGGAGUGGGGGUUUCAGGCUCCAUCCACCACUUUUUCUUGUAACAAACAUUCCAGCCGUUAAUCAUAAUUUCCUGCCACGGAAAUCAUUGAGUAAACUUGAGACUGUUAU